AUGAAGCUCGUCUUUAGAAUUCCCUUCAUCCAACCAUUGAGAACAGCGCGCGAAAUGAAACUCUCCCGCAAUAACGAGACCGAAGCCAGUGCGAACACAGAUGAGGAGGCAGCCAAGCUGCCGUCACAUCAACCGCAGGACGAUGCAGUCGACUGGGACGGCCUAGAUGACCCCAAGAAUCCCCUCAACUGGCCUGCUACCAAGAGUUUUGGUCAUGUGGUGAUUGUGGCCGUCUUGUCGAUGGUCGUCAACAUCGCCUCGACCAUGGUCGCUCCGGCCAUGGACGACGUCGCUAGGGAUCUGGAGAUCACUAAUAUGACCCUGUCAACACUCGCCGUCAGUAUCUAUCUGCUGGAGUUUGCAUUAGGUCCUCUCGUGAUCUCCUCGCUCUCCGAGAUGUACGGGCGUCUCAUCGUCUAUCAUACUUGCAAUUCCAUCUUCGUCAUUUUCGUUAUCGCCUGCGCUUUGAGUCACACUCCCGCCCAGUUUCUGGUCUUCCGGUUCAUAUCUGGCUGUGCGGGAGCGGCGCCGCUUUCCCUUGGUGGCGGAACGAUCGCCGAUAUUAUCCCAAUCGAGAAACGCGGUGCGGGAGCAGCCUUGUUUGGCCUGGGUCCCCUUCUCGGACCGGUUCUGGGACCGGUGAUUGGAGGUUUUGUUGCCGAGGGAAAGGACUGGCGAUGGACCUUUUGGGUGGUCGCGAUCCUCGGAGGAGCAGCGGGUAUCGGCACGCUGAUCUUCAUGCGCGAAACACAUCCCAACACCCUGUUGGAACGGAAGGCCGCACACUUGCGACGCACGACGGGGAACCCUUACCUCCGAUCGAAGCUAGAUCGUGGACUCACAGGGCAGCAGAUUAUUGUCACCGCCCUUGUGCGCCCAGCCAAACUCUUGCUCUUCUCGCCGAUCGUGCUCGUCAUGUCCAUCUACGUGGCUCUCAUCUUCGGCCUUCUAUACCUCCUCUUUGCUACCUUUAGCAUGGUCUUCGAAGGCCAGUAUGGAUUGACCACCGGCUUUUCUGGUCUGGCCUACCUAGGCCUAGGUAUUGGCGAACUGGUAGGGCUAGUCACAUUUGCCAUCCUGAGUGACCGGAUCUUAAAGGCAAAAAUGGCAGCGGAUAAUGUCCAGGGACCUAAGCCCGAGUACCGGCUGGUCCUGAUGAUGUGGUUCCCGCCAGUCAUUGGACUUGGACUGUUCAUUUACGGCUGGACGGCCUAUUACCAGGUGCAUUGGAUGGUUCCGAUCUUUGGAACAUUCAUUGUUGGGUUCGGGGCGUUCUUUGUUAUCAUGCCCUCCCAGCUGUAUCUGGUGGAUCUGUACGGGUCAGAAGCAGCGGCAUCUGCGCUAGGGGCCAACAUUCUCCUCCGCUCAAUGUUCGGGGCCUUCCUGCCGCUUGCUGGGUCGCAUAUGUAUUCGACGCUCAACUACGGAUGGGGUAAUACGCUGUUAGCAUGCCUAGCACUGGCAUUUGCGCCAGUGCCGGUUCUGUUCUAUCGUUAUGGAGAAUGGCUCCGGAGUCGGGCGACACUGACGCUGUGA